AUGGGCUCGGGCUGGGGAACCCUCAGGGCGCUGCGGGGCCGAAUGCAGCCCCUUCCUCUCCUCCUCCUCUUCCUCCCCGUGCCCACACAGGACGGCCAUGUGCGUGGGGAAGUGCAGCCGGAUCGUGGGGCCCUGCCUGCUGGUGCUGGGCACGCUGUCCAUGCUGGCCAGCAUCCUGCUGCUGUUCCCGGGCGGAGCAUCCCGGUACCUGCUGCAGGGACACCUGGGCCGCCACGCCCGCGCCCUGCCGGGGCUCUGGGGCGGCGGCAUCGCCGUGCUGCUGGCAGCGACCCAGGUCACGGCGCUGGGCUGGCAGCGCCCCGGCUGCUCCGGCCGCCACAGCGCGCUCCUGUCCGCGCUGCUCUCCAAGCUGGCGCUGCUGGGCGCCGCCGCCUGCUUCGUGCUCUGCGGGGUGGGGCUGAGCUCCGGCCCGCUCUGCCUGCACAACAGCACCGCGCUGGGCCCCGGGCACGCCGCCCUCUGGGGAUACCCCUUCCUGGAUCCCAUCGACCUGGGGGCUGGUGCCAGGGCUGAGAACUACCUGUACAACCGGAGCACCUGGAGCACCUGCCUGGAGCCCGAGGGCAUCGUCGCCUGGCACGUGGCGCUCUUCUCGCUCCUGCUGCUCAUCAGCGCCGCCGAGAUGCUGCUGGCCCUGCUCCAGAUCCUCAACGGCCUCCUCGGCUGCCUCUGCGGCUCCUGUGACGGCAAGUAG